AUGCAGUACGUUGGACGAGCAAUUGGGUCUGUCUCCAAAACAUGGAGCUCCAUCAACCCAGCCACGUUGUCUGGCGCCAUCGAUGUGAUCGUGGUCGAGCAGCCGGACGGAGAGCUGGCGUGCUCGCCCUUCCAUGUGCGAUUUGGCAAAUUCCAACUGUUGAGACCUUCGCAAAAGAAGGUGGACUUUAUAGUCAACGGCGAGAUCACCGACCUGCCCAUGAAGUUGGGAGAUGGCGGGGAGGCAGUUUUCGUGUUUGAAACCGACGGAUAUAUCCCUCCAGAUCUCCAAACGUCCCCCGUGCUAAGUCCCGUUAGUUCUCCGGGAAGCAGUCCCAAGACAGAUGAGCCAAGCGUGGCGCUUCCAGGUGAGGAGCCUGAAUACCUAGACAUCGGAGAGGGCGCAAAUGACAGCUUCAGCGCGUCGUUGCCCUCUGCUCAGUCCGAUUCCGCGCUCCUAAGCACUUCGCCCUCCAACAUCCGCAAAGCAAGCACAGCCACAUCGUUUGAUCGGGCCAAGAAGAUCUCGAGCAAACUGAUCAAGAAGAACAUCCCGUCCAAAGUGGAGGCAAACGGCGAUAUCAUGCUGGACAUGCAGGGCUACAAGAGCAACGACCAAAAUAUCCACGAUUCCGACGCGGUGAUUCGCCAGCUCCUGAUAGACGAGUUCGGAGAAGACGUCGACAUCAACAACCUCAUAGAUAAGGACAUGCAGGGCAACAUCCGGAUCCUCAGUUCUGACGAUCUCGUGGAUGACGAUUCAACAAGUCUGGAGCUGCCGGCUAGUCCACAGUCUCCAGCUUCCUCUGCAUCCUCCAUAAUAUCUGACAUAGAUACAAAUACCGUGAAGACCCAACAGGACAACCAUUUCAAAACGCUAAGACUGACCUCCGAACAACUCAAAUGUUUGGGAUUGAAGCCAGGAGAAAACGAUCUGCAAUUCAGUGUUAAUAAAGGCAGAGCCUUGGUUUCCGCCAAGCUUUUCCUCUGGAAACACAACGUUCCGAUCGUGAUCUCGGAUAUAGAUGGUACUAUCACCAAGUCGGAUGCUCUCGGACACGUUUUGACCAUGCUGGGAAGAGACUGGACCCAUGUUGGUGUGGCCAAGUUGUUUCACGAUAUUGAAUUUAACGGGUACAAUAUUUUGUACCUGACUGCCCGUUCUGUUGGGCUUGCCGAUUCCACGCGUUCCUAUUUGAAUGGAAUUGUCCAAGACGGGAUCAAACUGCCUGUUGGCCCGGUGAUUCUGUCUCCAGAUAGAACGAUUGCCGCUUUGAAGCGUGAAAUCGUGUUGAAGAAACCAGAGGUGUUCAAAAUGGCGUGUCUGAACGACAUCAAGACUCUUUACAAGCGCACCUCUGCCACAAAACCAAACGUACCAUUGAUGCCUGUUUCCGAACCUGAGGAGGGAAUUCCUUCACCGUCUCUUGAGAUUAUCGGCAAUCGAUCGUUCGACGACCAGUAUACACCAUUCUAUGCUGGAUUUGGUAACCGGAUCACCGAUGCGCUUUCGUACCGGACUGUUGGAAUCCCAUCGUCGAGGAUCUUCACCAUCAAUCCAGAUGGAGAUGUCCAUUUGGAGCUGCUAGAGAUGGCAGGGUACAAGUCGACCUACGUUUCCAUUGGAGAGCUUGUUGACCAGUUUUUCCCUCCAGUGAGGAUCUCUGGUACCAAGGAAGGGAACUUUGCUCCGCAGGAUACCAUAAAUCAGUAUAGUGAUGUGAAUUUUUGGAGAAGUCCUGUUCUUGAUGUUGACGACCUGACUGACGAAGACAGCGACUCUGACGUGCUAAAGAGCAGAGAGGAUCUCUCGAGUGCUGGGUCCAACGCCCAGCGACUCGGGGGCUUUUUCUCGCGGUCUCCAACGUCGAAGGGAAGCGAUUUCCCGCUGGACGAGUCGUUUGACGACUACGACGAGAACCUGGACCCUGACUACGUUUACGAAGACGAGGACGAGCUGGACGACGACUACGACGAGGAGGACGAAGGGGACGAUGUUGACGAAGAGGAUGCUGACGAUGUUGACGAAGAGGACGUUGACGACGUUGACGACGUUGACGACGUUGACGAUGUUGACGAGGAGGACGUUGACGACGUUGACGACGUUGACGACGUUGACGAUGUUGACGAGGAGGACGUUGACGACGUUGACGACGUUGACGACGUUGACGAUGUUGACGAGGAGGACGUUGACGACGUUGACGACGUUGACGACGUUGACGAUGUUGACGAGGAGGACGUUGACGACGUUGACGACGUUGACGACGUUGACGAUGUUGACGAGGAGGACGUUGAUGAUUUCGACGUGGACGCAGACGAGGACUUGGACGGCGACCUGAUGGAUGAGAAGAUGGUGGACCAUCCUGCUCCAGGCUACGUUUCGAGUCCAGGCCGAGUUUUGAACCCGUCGCUUGGCAUAGCCAGUCCGAAGAGCAUGACCAACCUGAAUCUGGACACGAGUAAUGCCACGGGAACGUUCAUCAAGGCCAAUCAGAUGUUGAAGAACCUUUCUUUGGAGGAUGUUGAUGGUAAGAAAAAAGCAUAG